CAUCGCUCACUUUUCAUCUGUCAUCGUUCUUGCCAUGCUAGCUGCUGUCUCCCGCCGCGUCCACCGCCUCUCCACUGUUCGUUCGUCGCUUGGGGUGCGCCGCCUCAUGUCGACCUCGAUUGAAAAAGAUGAAGACGGAAUUUACAACGUCAACACCAAGGCCGACUGGGACGCGCUUCUUGCCACAGGAAAGCCGAUCGUGGCCGACUUUUGGGCGCCGUGGUGUGGCAAGUGCAAUCAAAUCGCUGGCUUUGUCAACAUUCUCGCGGAGGAUUUCCCUGAUGUGACUUUCGUCAAGCUGAAUGUUGGCGAAGAAGGCGUGGGUCCGAUCAAGGCCGAGUAUAACGUGGAAGUGUUGCCCGCUUUCAUGUUCUUCAAGGAAGGCCAGCAAGUGCACACGCCUGUGUUGGGCUACAAGAAGAAGCCUCUCAAGGAUACCGUUCAAUUGUUGGCUGCGCCGUGAAACCACCAUAAUUGAGACAUCUUGACGAGA